ACUUAACAUAGUGCGCUGCUAAAGUCACUUAGUUGAAUAAAAACUAUGUUGGUCAUUGUAGUUUUAUUGUUCUGCUUGUGUCAGACCAAUUGUUAUAGACCCAAUCCGAACAACUACGCGGAAUUGGAUAUCCACUUCAUAGCGGAAGACUUCGAUCGGAAAAUCGGCGGUACUUACUACGACAUCCUCGUCCUCAAAGUACACAUCAACGUCAACGCGCAGUUCGUCGAGAACGCCAUCGACGAAGAAAUCGUCAGACUUAUCGACAACGAAAACGACACGCGAUGUCGCCAGUUGUUGCAAGUUUUCAAAAACAAGGCACGCGAGGAUUGUCAAAUGGAGCUAGAUUUCGACUUGUUGGAAAAAACCAGGGCGAAGUUCGCGCAGUUGAAAGAAGUGGCGUGCUCGACUCUGGAGAUUUGUGGGGAAUUGAACCCUCUACUAACUCAAGGGGAAAAUUUGGAGAAGUGCGAGCUGUCGAAGAUCGUGGAUUUACGACGACAGAGUGUUUUGGUGAACGAAGAAUUCCAACAAGCCAAGAAAAAGUUGUUCGAAGACCACGAUCAUUGCAUUCGAGAUUUGAUGGGUAGUGUUUUUGCCAACAUAGCGCAGAUCGUUUAUGGUACGUGCAGGAAGCUUGAAUAGACUUACGGUUAUUUUCCCUGGGGUGCAGUCGCACGAACUGGGUGAAACUAAGUGCAACACUAGAGACAGUACCAACACUUUUGCCAUCAUGUAGAGUGAUAGUGGAUGUGUAGGGAAAUAAAUAGGAAAGGUGGUACGUGACAACGUGCCCAAACUCCAAUCAAACAA